UCGUACAGUAAUAUUAUCAGCAUGAUCGCGCCAACGUUUGUGGAUCUGCAAGGAUUCAUUAUCGGGAGAAACUUUGUCGUGAAGGAAGUAGCGAUACUGAGAAAUGGAUUUGUUCUUUCUCACUACUUUUUUGCAAGUCCCGUACCAUGGCGUGCGCUUACAAAAUCUGAGAGAUGCCAAGCUUCAUGGCUAAUCGGACAUCACCAUGGGCUUCAAUGGGAGGAUGGAAACGUUCCAUACAGCUUCGCCAGACGUUUGAUUACGAGAGCUGUGAUGGGUGCGGCGGAAGAGGAAAAUGGAGCAUCUCCUAUCGUGUACGUUAAAGGACACGAAAAACAAGAAUGGCUGGCCGAUAUACUUGACGAUGAUGCGAGAAACGACGUUAUUAUUGAGACCUUGGAUGCGGACUAUGAAGAUAUCACUUCGUUAAAUAAGCUAGAUGUUACUAAUACUAUGCGCUGUGAAAAACAUUUGAAAAAUUGCUAUCAAUAUACGAACGACAUAAAAAUUCCCGGGUUUCUAAACUUUGAGCACCGACGACUUGUACGAACGUUGCGGCGGCACGAGCGCGAGUUCCGCGAGGACGCGUGGGAAGACAACGGCCCCGACGGUCUCUAUUUAGACUUGAGACGUCUCUUCGGGCUCGAGUCUUACGAGUAG